AUGGCGAACCCUAAUUCGCUCUGCUUGAUCCUCCUCCUCUCUUCUCUCGCCCUCGCCUCUGCCACCGUCUUCUUCGAAAAGAAAUUCGAAGAUAAUACAAAGGGAUCCCCGGAGCUCCACCUGGCGAAUCGGCUCGAUCGGGACACGAGCGGAGUGAUGAUCAUCACCAAGUCGCACAAGGUAGCCGCUAAGCUAGUCAAGGCAUUUACAUUGCUUCUUAUGCUUCAUCAGAAUCAUCCAUGUAAGUCUCCUUUGAGUCCUGAAACAUAAGAAGCAAAACAAUCCAAAGCAUCCAAGUUUGAUUCAUAAUUAUUGCUCAAUAGAUGAGCAUAUAGAAGUUUAUUUAGAUAGAUGUGCAACAAUGCUCUCCCACAACUUGUCUCUGAGAUUGAAUGGAGGAAGGAAGCUGAAGACGAUACCAGUGAAGACUUCGCCUAAUCCUCGUUUAAGUCAGGACUGCUUUAUGGGCUGGACUAUUAUCACCACGUGGGCUGAGAUAUAAGGUCGAGUAGAGGCCCAACAAUCUCCCCCUUCGUCAAAGCUUCCUUUGAGUCCUGAAACAUAAGAAGCAAAACAAUACAAAGCAUCAAAGUUUGAUUCAUAAUUAUUGCUC